AUUCAUCAUCAACAGCAUGGAAGCUAGAAACCAAACAUCUGUUUCAGAAUUCCUUCUCCUGGGACUAAUAGAGGAUCUAGAACUGCAGCCCAUCCUCUUCAGCCUGUUCCUGUCCAUGUACCUGGUCUCCAUCCUGGGGAACCUGCUCAUCCUCCUGGCUGUCGUCUCUGACUCCCACCUCCACACCCCCACGUACUUCUUCCUUUCUAGUCUCUCCUUUUCUGACAUUUGUUUGUGCCUCACCCAGAUCUGCUUUGUCCUGCUUUUUGCUGGCUUGGAAAACUGUCUUCUUGCAGCAAUGGCCUACGACCGCUGUGUGGCCAUUUGCCACCCCCUUAGAUACAUGGUCAUCAUGAACCCCUGCGUCUGCAGCCUGCUGAUUCUUCUCUCUCUGUUGACUAGCAUUGUGAACGCCCUUCUUCUCAGCCUGAUGGUGUUGAGGCUCUCCUUCUGCGCAGACCUGGAAAUCCCGCUCUUCUUCUGUGAACUGGCUCAUGUCAUCCAACUUGCCUGUUCUGACACCCUCAUCAAUAACAUCCUGAUAUAUUUUGCAGCUUGCAUAUUUGGUGGUGGUCCUCUGUCUGGAAUCAUUUUCUCUUACACUCAAAUCACCUCCUCUGUUUUGAGAAUGCCUUCAGCACGUGGAAAGUAUAAAGCCUUUUCCACCUGUGGGUCUCACCUCUCCAUGGUGCUCUUGUUCUAUGGGACAGGUUUGGGGGUGUAUCUUAGUUCUGCAGUUAUUGACUCACCUAGGAAGACUGCGGUGGCGUCAGUGAUGUAUUCUGUGGUUCCUCAAAUGGUGAACCCCUUUAUCUAUAGUCUGAGGAAUAAGGACAUGAAGGGAACCUUGAGGAAGUUCAUGGGGAGGAUGCCUUCUCUUCUGUAGUGUGCCAUUUGCUUUGGAUUCGGGUUUCUAGAGUAAGUCAAAGUGACAGGAUUCCUGGUGAGCUACAAUGCUCGACUCUUUCU